AUGCUUGGACAAUUAAAUAACCUAAAGAAACUUGAGAUUUACCGCUUUCAAGUUCUCCAAAUUAUAGACAACGAGUUCUAUGGUAAUGAUCCAAACCAAAGAAGGUUCUUCCCAAAGCUUGAGAAAUUUGUAAUGCAGAAUAUGAUCAACUUAGAGCAAUGGGAAGAAGUAAUGACAAAUGAUGCAUCAUCAAAUGUUACAAUCUUUUCCGAUCUUAGAAGCUUGGAGAUAAGUAGAUGUCCCAAAUUAUUAAACAUUCCAGAAGUUUUUGACGAGAAUGAUAUGCAACACUUUGAAUCAUUGAUCGUUUCACACUGUAACAAAUUGACAAAACUUCCAAAUGGACUACAAUUUUGUAGUUCCAUUCGAAGAGUGACAAUAGAUCAAUGUUCAAAUUUGAGCAUAAAUAUGAGAAAUAAGCCGGAAUUAUGGUAUUUACACAUUGGUCCAUUAAACAAGCUGCCAGAAGAUUUAUGUCAUCUCAUGAAUUUGAGGGUAAUGAAAAUUGUUGGAAAUAUGGAGGAUUAUGAUUUUGGCAUCCUUCAGCACCUUCCUUCCCUUAAAACAAUUUGUUUAGUGGAGAAUGUGUUGAGCAAUAAUAGUGUAACGCAAAUUCCUCAACAACUUCAACACCUUACUGCCUUGGAAAGUCUAGGCAUUGAAAAUUUUGGAGGCAUUGAAGCUUUGCCAGAAUGGUUAGGAAACAUUGUAUGUCUGCAAACACUCGAUCUUCGUAAUUGCAAAAAAUUGAAAAAAUUGGCUUCGACAGAAGCAAUGCUACGUCUCAUCAAAUUAAACAACUUGUAUGCUUACAUACGUCCGAUGCUACUACUUGACGAAGGUGAUAUGGAGCGGGCAAAACUUUCCCACCUUCCACAAAUUUGGAUACAUAGGAUUUAG